CCGUACUUCCCUCACCAUCGAACGCCAGUCCACGGCGGGAUUCCCUUCUUCCCUUCGCGGGCGAAUCGUCCUGUGGCGAUCAUCACUCCCAGCAUUCCCAGUCACCCAGUUCCUCGAUAUCUUCUCCGACUAGACUAUCGGGAGGUUCUGCUACUGUUGCUGGUGCUGGUGAUGGAGGUGAAUUCAUCGUCAUCGAUUGAUCGACGGUACGGUCUAAACAGUGAACUUACGGUCCUUUGCCGACUCCCGAAUUGCCUUUUCCGUUUCCUGUUUCUCGUCUGCGUGUGUCUCUCGGUGUCCUUUGUGUUGUGUUGAUGUGUAAAAAUCUGUAAAUGUACCAGCUAUACGAGAAGAUCGAGUUGUGAAAGGGAAAUCAGCGACGGACAGUAACAGAUUUAGGACAAAAGAAACCCGCGGCGUCGCCAUUUUCGUUAGUUAGUCACAGUCACAACACUUAGUUUCAGUUCCUUAUCAAAAACAGAGAAGAAGACGAAGUAAGGCGUGGCGUAUGUUAUGAAUGUUUGGAAGGGAUGCACCUCGGCUGAAGUUUCGUUUUUCCAUUUUUGAAUUUUGUUUUAAAAUUGAUUACGCUCGGCGGGGGGUAGAGCGCUAGUAAUCGAGGAAGUAAUUAACGGAAAUACAAAGGACAAAGUACGAGUAUCUCGAGUAAGUAGCAUCCAUUUAUAGGUGUUUGUUGGCGCAGUGAAAGGAGAAAGAGAGAAAAGAAUAUGUAAAUAGACAUAAUCCCGGUGUAUUUCUGUUUCCCCCCUCAUUUGGUGGUAGCAGUAUGCAGUAGUAGUACACCCGUUAAGGUACUAAUGAUGGAGGAAUGAAGGGGUAGCUAGCUGUAUCGCAAGCAGAGAUCUGGACCUUAGUGCAGUAAGCGUAAGUUAAUUGAGCAGAGAGACAGACGGAGCUGCUCCUGUACAGUAAACCAAAUUUUUCGUUUGUUUACAAUAAACAAUCGUCUCGUCUUUGUUAGUGCGACUUAAGCAAAAAGGGCGUAACAGUGCAGACAUGAGGAGAGGGUAAAAAGAAAAACCAGAAAAUAAUGCAAGAAACACAAUAAACAUCAUCAAUGUGCAAUUUUCAUAAACAAA